AUGGAGAAGGGAGGGGAGUUGAGGAGGGAGGGAGGUGAGGGAGAAGCAGAGGGGUUGCAGCGAAGGGAGACGGUGCCAGGUGCAGCUGCUUCGCCUGCUGCAACCGCUGCUGGGGAGGCACCGCCUGUUGCUGCUGUAGCACCUGCCCCACCGACGGAAGCAGCGCCAGCAGCAGCUUCUGCUGCUGCUGCUGCUGCUCCUGCUGCUGCCUCUCCUGCUCCUGCCUCUCCUGCUGCUGCUGCUCCUGCUGCUGCCGCCUCCCCUGCUUCCCCUGCCACUGGAGCAGCAGAGGGGCCCAAGGCACAGAAGAGGGCAGCUGUGAAGACUGUCGUGUGCCGGGGAGUGAAAUACCACGUCACUGCCAGUGCAUGCACGCUGCUGUCAGUGACCAGGGAGUACGUGGCGGUGGCGGAGGCGCUCCCAUCGCUGGCAGGGGAGGUGGUGCAGCGCCUGGCGGACCUGCUGAAGCUCUUCAACUCGCGCACCUGCCAGCUUGUGCUGGGCGCGGGCGCCAUGCAGGUGUCCGGGCUGAAAACCAUCACAGCCAAGCACCUCGCACUCUCCAGCCAAUGCAUCUCCCUCGUCUAUGCUCUCAUCCCCGACCUGCGGCGCAUUCUGUCUGCCUUCAUCCCCGAUGCGCGGCGAGGGCUCGUCAUAACGCACCUUGACCGCGUGGCUCAGGACUACAGGGUGCACAGGGACGAGAUCCACAGCAAGCUGGUGGCAAUCAUGAGGGAGCGCCUGCUCGUGCACCUGCGCUCGCUGCCCGCAGUAGCUGACACCUACUGCCGCCCGGACGACUCCCCUGCCGAGCAGCAGCCCUCCAACUUCGCCCCUGUUGUGCCUGAUGAUGUUCUGCUUCCUUCUUGUCUCAAUCAGCCAAACCGCUCUAAGCCACACCUCCCCCACCAUCUCCCCCCACCAUCACACCCCCACCAUCUUACCCCAACCCUGUGA